UUCCGACCGAAUGGUUGCGCGUAGCGCACAAGCUCCAUGGAGACGCCAGUUACUACCCAACAUAUUUUUGAAUAGUACAACAUAACACGAAAUGUGAACCUCUCUUUUAAAACGGAGAGUCCUCAUGCCAGCGCACCACGCGCACGCGCUAUUUGCAGCGGAGUGGCACUCCGAGGCGUUAUUUACACGCCACGCUUCAGUCCACCGUACCGCAGGCCCGCAGGCCGAACUCCGCUGCUGGCCUGCCUGUCCGUCAAUUUGUCGUCUGUUGUGUGUGUGUGUAUCUUUCAGAGAGAUUUGUUAUCACUGAAAAUAGUUUCAACAUUUCAUUUUCAUCCACCACUCAUCACUGCCUCUACGAUGGGGAUGCUUCUACUACCCGGCUAAAUCAAUGUGAUGAUGAGGACUCAAAAUUUUUCCUCAUCUUGAAAUGGUGCGCAGCACAAUUUAACCAUCAAUCUUCCUAAAUUCCUUUUUUUACACCCCUAUUUUUUAAUUAUCCACAAUGGGUGCAUGUUGUAGUAAACACAAUUCUGACUCAGGCAGACAGUCAGUUUUACAACAUGGCUACAAGCUUAAUGAAACAACAGACCUUGCCGCACAUCUGGGCAGUGUUGGCACUUUGGGAAGUGAGCCAAGGUACAUACAGGAACCGAAUCGCGUUAUCCUGGGUAUUGGCAGUGGGAAAAGGCAACAGGGAGUGGACAUCAUCAGAACACCCACCACACCAUUUCAUCCUAAUGCUGGCACUAAAGGCCGUGUUGUUGUUGCUGUCUACAAUUACACCUCAAGAGAAGCUGCAGACCUUUCUUUUGCAAAAGGAGAUAGAAUGGAAGUAAUUGAUGACAGCGAGUCGGAUUGGUGGAGAGUCAGACACAUUCGCACAGGAGAAGAGGGCCUUAUUCCCUGGAACUUUGUUGCUGAAGAGAAAUCUGUUGAGAGUGAAGACUGGUACUUUGGAAAAGUUUCACGCAAGGAAGCAGAGAAGCUUCUUUUAGCUGAUGAAAACACACGUGGGACAUUUUUGAUCCGUAACUCAGAGCACAAUCCCAACGGAUUCUCACUUUCUGUGAAAGAUUGGGAUGAGAAUCGUGGGUACCACGUUAAACAUUACAAGAUCAAGCCAUUGGACAACGGAGGAUAUUACAUUGCAACCAAUCAAACUUUCUCUACUUUACCUGCUCUUGUUCUUGCUUACACAAAGAAUGCUUUAGGUUUGUGUCAUGUAUUAUCUCGUCCUUGCCCAAAACCCAAACCGCAGAUAUGGGAUUUGUCUCCUCUCUUAAGAGAUCAGUGGGAAAUUGACCACAAUGAAAUUCAACUUAUACGGAAGCUUGGGCAGGGCAAUUUUGGUGAGGUGUGGUAUGGGAAAUGGCACAAUAAUAUUGAGGUUGCUGUCAAAACAUUGCGACCGGGUACAAUGUCUACAGCAGCUUUUCUUCAAGAAGCUGCUAUAAUGAAGAAGUUUCGGCAUGAUCGCUUGGUUGCACUUUAUGCAGUAUGUUCUAAGGAGGAACCUAUCUAUAUAGUGCAGGAAUAUAUGAACCGAGGAAGUUUGCUAGAAUUCCUUCGCAAUGGGGAAGGAAAAGACCUUCAAUUUGGUGACUUGCUUUAUAUAGGAGCUCAGGUUGCAAGUGGAAUGGAAUAUUUAGAAGUAAAGCUACUGAUACACAGGGACCUUGCUGCCCGCAAUGUCUUGAUAGGAGACAAUAACAUGGCAAAGAUAUGUGAUUUUGGUCUUGCACGAGUUAUAGAGGAUGAUGAAUACUGCCCUAGACAAGGUUCCCGUUUCCCAGUCAAAUGGACUGCUCCAGAAGCAAUUGUUUAUGGACGUUUCUCUAUAAAGUCAGAUGUCUGGUCGUAUGGAAUUCUUCUUAUGGAGUUAUUCACAUAUGGACAAGUACCAUAUCCCGGUAUGCACGGCCGAGAGGUUAUAGAGCAAGUAGAGAGAGGAUAUCGUAUGCCCAAGCCAACUUGUCAUUUCAUUCCGGAUGCUAUUUAUCGGUUAAUGCUUCAGUGCUGGGAUGCUGACCCUGAUAAGCGACCCACCUUUGAAUUCCUCAAUCACUAUCUAGAGGACUUCACUGUUACUUCCGAGCUACCAUACCGCGAAGUUAUCGACUGAGUUUCCAUUGAUCUAGUCUGGAACUUGUACAGUAUUGUACUGAUUCACUUAUCAUUGUAUCUAUAUCAAAGUGAGUCUUAAGCUCUCACAUUUCAUCUCCAUUUCUUUUGAUUGUACCAGUCAUCAUGUCUUGCUUUGAUGUGUGUAGUUUCUCUUUUUUCAAAAAAGGAGAAGGGUAAUCUACAUUCCUUGGUGGUGAAAUCAGUGAGUUGCAAUACUUAUUAACAAUUACAACAUAAAGUUUGCUUUCCUUGAGGUCUAUUGGAUAAAAAUGUCCUUUACCUUUAAAAAAUCUUUGUUUAAAAUUUGUUUUCCCAGAAACCACACAUUGACCGACAUAAUAUUUUGCAUUUUGGUGUGUUGAUGGUGCUGAAAAUGUUCUAAAAGUAGUGGCUCUCAAUCUAGUUAUCUGGAACUUUUAGUCUACACAUGUAGACUUUGAAAUGUAAUUUUUGUAUAUACCUAAGCUUUUCACUGAAUGCAUCCUAUUUAUUUUUUGAAAUGACUAUGCAAUCAUGGCAGUGAUCUAAUGUUAGACUGAUUCAUAAUUCAUACUGUGGGAAACUGCUACCAUUCUAGUUGUAUAUGCGCUCCAUAGUUUUUAUUUAUUUCACUCGUUUUCUCUUCUAUGCUUCCUUUGUUACUGUUAUUAUUAUUUUUUUUUUACUACUAUCACAGUGGGCGAAGUCAAAGAAACAUGAACUUUUUUCCUUUCAGACUUUAUGGAAAGGGCCUUUCCUUCACCAUAAUGUUGUUGUAGUUAUUUUGAUUUUUUUUUCUCUUUUUUGUUAUAUUUUGAUUUUGCUGGUCUUAUUUGUAACUAUACAUUGGAAAGAAAAUCCACUAUUUGCAAAGAGGAAGUAGUUGUGGAGGGUGACAACUUUUUAUUCCUCCUUUUUGCUCCUAGUCAUAAAUAACAGCGAAAGUUAAAUUACCUUUUAAGUACUUUCAAUAUAUGUUAUUUUCUUUUGGGAGAAAUUUUCAUUUUGAAACUUCUUCCUGCUUGUAUGCCAAAGAUUGAGUCAAUGAAGCUGUUACUGAUACCAGUGAUACCAUAAGAGGAACAAGAUUUUUGUUUUGAUGCUAAAAAUUAAAAAUUCUUAAACUCCUGAAAUGCAUGAACUACAGUUCCUGUUUUGUAAGGUGCGUACUUCUGAGGAAGAUAUUGUAAAUGUAAAGGGGUCCUCUUUGUACUUCCACUACCCAAGAAAAUUUUGGAUUUUGCCCUAGAGGGGUGUUUGCCGUUUCAAUUUGUGAAGCAGUUUUGAUUCAUCUUGUAUACAAAACGUUCAUUACAGUGGGGAUGGGUAGUCCAAGUGUAAAAGAGAUCAAAGUGAUUAAGGGUUACAAGAACUGUGAUGCAUGAUUUGCUGUGUUGGUAUGUAUUUCCUCUCAAAGAAAAUGUGUCACUCUCGUCUAAAAUGUUAUCCUCUCAGUUAUGGCCUAUUUCAUGACAUUGUCUACAUCAUAGUCUGAAUUGUAGUUGUUUGGGAAAUGUAAAUGAAUGAGUUUAUUUUGAACAAUGACUAACUGUGGUUGUGGUGUUUGAGCUGCUUUUAUUUAGUAAAAAAUUCUAUGCAGUCUGUCACUUGCCAUACAAUAAGCCAUAUUAAUAAUUUUUGAUUGUAGCAGGUUUUUAAUUUAAUUAUUUGUACAGUAGUGUACCUAUGUAUUAACACUGUUUUUCCUGAACAAUUGCAUACCCUAGUAAACCUUUGUUAGGUAUUUGAGGAAAGAAAGAAAGAAAAAUAAUUCAAGUUUUUCUUUAAUGAAAUACUGGCAUAUAAGCCCUCAUUGGUUAUAACAUCACUUUCCUAUUGAUUUUGAGCUUCAGUGAUUGCAGACUAUACUACAAGUGUCGUUUAUGUUGUACAUUCUGUAAUCAAAAGAAGCCGCUGUUUAAUUUCCAUCCAAAAUGUCUAUUCUUAGUGAUCUCAUUUGAUGUAACAUCUAAUUUUUAUUGCAUAUUUUCAGACUUGGUUAUUGCUCUUUAACUUUCACGUUAAUUUUUUAUGAUCUAUGACCACUCUUUCUGUUGUUGUUGUUCCAACUGUAAUGUGCUACGUAUUAUUAAUCAUUUAUCAAAGUGUUGGUCCUUAAACCAGUGUGGUCCUGGCAUGCCUCUAAAAUGUGUUCCUGUUGUCACUUUACUUUGUUUUCUUAAGUCAUCAUUUGUGAUAUGAAUUAAACCCUUAGUUAGCUCCCUUUCUCAUGUAGAACAGUUCUUUUUUAAAAAAUUAUUAUUUCAGCAUUAUCAUCAUUAUAUUAUUAUUAUAUGCCUGAUGGCCACUCUUCAGUCUUCAUUUUGGCAUUUUGAUGUCAAUUGAGGGUGAUGAAAUGUCUUCUUUUUAUCCAAGUGUCCAACCUUAGAGUAAUGUUUGUAUGUCUUUGCAUUUUUUUUCUUCAGAGGAUUAUUUUGAUUCAAUAUGAUAAUUGUAAUCAGGCAUUUUUAACAAGCUACAGUCUCAAGCAAAAAUGACCUUUAUAAUCUAUGUUUUUGAAACACGGCCCAAUGUUUAGUUGUAGCCUUUGAGCAACUUUGAUUUUUCUUAAUCAAUUUAUGCAGAUUGCAUCAUUUUUUUUUAUUUACCACUAAUUUUAUUUGGUGCUUUAGUGUAUAUAUUUGUGUAAGGUUAUGUAUAGGAGUGAGUGAUUAGUCAACGAAUUUUUCUACUCUACAACGAAUAUUUAAGUCUAAUUUUAAACAUCAAAAACACCCUUUGCAAUUUUCUUGUCACAUCAAUCUACAUGCAUAUUACUUUGCUGCUGCUCUUACUCUGGGAUCACCUUGUGUAAUUUCCUCCCUGAAAUGAUCAGUAAAAGUUUUUACACAAUAAGGGUAUUGGUGCUUAAUAACAAACAUUAUUUUGAAUCCGAGGGGGAAGCAAAUUGAAAGCUUCUAUGACGUUAUGACGUGAUACAUGAACAUGAUCUUUUCAAAGUGGACAUAAUAUCCCCGCGAAUGGAUGUUACCUUUAAUUCCUUUUCAUCAAAAAUUUACAAUGAGAAAUAGAUAGCUUUUUUUUUUUUGCUUUUUUGCUUUUUUUUCAUCUGACAAAGUCUGUUGGUUUGAUACCAGAAAAGACUGUCCCUGAUGAAAUGAUCGUCUUUUAUACCAAUAGUAUUCUAAGAAUUUUGCUGCCUUCUUUUGUUUUAGACUCACUUUGUAUUUUAUGAAUAUACAAAAGUCAUAGCAUGUCAGGAAUUUUCAUUAGUUUGUGGUUUCACUUGUGUCUCCCAGGCUUUUUUUGAUAGUUGCACUUAGCUUUUUGAUUUAAUGAAACUGGCAGGGGAUUUCUAGUUUCUACUGUAUGAGAGCUACAUAUUCUGAAGACAUGCUAAGAUUAACAGUUAUGUGUACAACAUUCUCUGUUUUGAAUUACCUAUACUAUCUUUACACAUUCACUCUCUCAAUAUGAAAAUUUUGAGACUUGAAAUAGAUUGUGCCUUAAUUAAUACUUUAAAACAUUUGGCAUGGUAAUGCAAAUUAAUAACGUUUUAGUUUCUUCAAAAUAUGAAUAAAGUGUGUUCCUGUUUUUGGCAAUUUCUUUAUUUAAGGCUAUUGGGUAUCAGAGAAAGGAGAAUAUAUGAAAUUACAGAGAAAUGGUUCUGGGAAGUGUUUCUGUUCAACAGGCUCAAGUUAUAAAAUUCAUCUAGAAGGCGAUAACUGUUUAUUCUUCUUCCGGGACCAAAGUAUUUUUUCAGUAAUUAAAACUUUCCACACCUUUCUUCAAAUUUGUUUGUCCUGUGGCUCGCUGUGUUUGCGUUCAUUGUAUGAUUCGAAAGCUCCAGCAUGAAUAUUGUCCAAUUUCAACCAUAGCAAAUUUACAUUCAGUCCAUAUGUACAAAUUAUGGUUUCUAUUUCCCACUACCGAUCUCCUGAAGGUUUGUAUUUGUAGCUUCUCCAUUAAUACUUUUAAUCCUUGUUAUGAACUUGUCAAAAAAAAAUUGAACAUAACUGUACUGCUGUGUCUGAUGAACAAAUCAAACUUAUACAGUUCAAUGUGUGUUUAUAUGUGUGACUUUGAAUUAUUACUCAGACAUUAUUCUUACCUGCAAUUGUAGAAUAAUCAAAUGUGUUAUGUUCUUCAUAGUCCAAUGGGUACCUACAAUGUAGAUGUAUGUAAUGAUUGCAUUUUGGAACCCCAACUGUAAAUCUUAUUGAUGAUUUAAACUGUCAGUCGUGGUGCCAAUAAUUGUUGUGUGACAUGUACUCCUUGUGCUUAAGAAACUUCUUGGUUAAGUCGUCCUACUUUGAGGAACUUACCUUACACUGCCAGAUUUUACCUGGGAGUCACUAAAAAUCUUAAUUAUUUCAGCUACAGUUUACAUUCUUUAUUAAAUAGAUGAUUUUGUACUAUAAAUAUAAUAUAUUAUUGCCUUAGUGUCACUUCUACAUGUGUUUCAUAAUAAUAUAAUUUCACAACUAAGAAA